AUGUCCGGCUUUCCAACGUUAGAACCAGCUUUGACUGCACAGAUAACAUUCGACCCGCCGGUUAUCAUUGGGAAUGUCAACAGCGGCAGCCAGUUAUCCAUCGCGCUCAUCAAUUCGGGCACCUUGAAGAGCGAACCGGAUUUCUCGCCAGCUGUGGACGCCAAAGUCGAAUUUGGAACCGAUCACUUCAAUCUGACGCAGGAUUUGAAGUACUGCACGAUUGAUGUGAAAGCUGCAUUGAAGAAUGUAGAUGGCGCUACCAUUUCGUAUGCAUACAAAGGUCACAUUGAGGUGACGCCUGAACUCGGUCUGAUUCUUGGAGAAAGUCCAUCCGCAAAAACUACAGAUUUUGGACAUGUGUUCACCCAUGUCACCUUUGAGACUGGCGCACACCAUCUGAAAAGUCUCGAGACAGGGAGGUUUGUAGGGGCCAGUCGUUUUGUCAUUGAAGGCGGAAACGGGCCGGUUAUUGAGAUGAAAAUCAGUAAGAUUGUCAAGGGUUGA